AUGGGAUCUGUAUCACCCAAACCAAUCGUCCUCCACCUUGGAGAUGCCAUCAAGUACAACCAUGAGUUCUAUGAGAAUGAUUUUCAGUCUCGCUUCAAGGUCAUUCAAGCAACAGAAACAGACAGAGAGACAUUCAUCCAAGCACUCAAAAGCAACAAAUACGGGGAAUUCUCAGCCCUCUUCCGGCCCCAUUUCCAGACAGGCGGAUUCAUGGGCCAAUGGGACAAAGAACUCAUCUCGUACCUCCCAUCCAGCGUUCGAAUCUUCGCCUCAGCAGGGGCUGGUUUCAACUGGGCAGACGUCGAUAUUCUCGGCCAGCACAAGAUCUGGUAUACCAACGGGGCCGGUGCAUCAGACGAGGCAGUCUCAGACACAGCACUUUAUAUGAUUCUGAGUGUAUUCCGAAACUUCACUCGCGCACAACUUGCAGCGCGGACAGCAGACCCGGAAAUAUUCACAGCGACGCAUAAAUUGAUUGCGACGAUCUCGCAGAACCCGCGCGGUCAUAUCUUAGGUGUUGUUGGGUUUGGAAAUAUCAGCAAAAAACUUGCGUAUAAAGCGCGUAUGGCGCUGGGUAUGGAGAUUCAUUAUUUCGAUAUUGUUCGUGCGGAUUUGGAUGUCGAAGCGGAACUGGGGGCGACGUUUCAUGGUUCUCUGGAUGAGUUGUUGAAGGUCGCUGAUUGUGUUUCGCUGCAUACGCCGCUUAACGCGCAUACUUUCGACUUGAUCGAUGAGCGGGCACUUGGACUGAUGAAACCUGGUAGUCGGAUUGUUAAUACUGCUCGAGGGGAGGUUCUGAAUGAGGAGGCGUUGAUCAAAGCUCUGCAGUCUGGUCAUCUUUCGUCGGCAGCGUUGGAUGUGCAUUACCGUGAGCCUCAAGUAUCUCCCGUCCUAGCUGGGAUGCAUAAUGUCACUUUGACAACUCAUAUUGGGGGUGGAGCCCUUGACACGAGAAUCAACUUCGAGCUGAAUGCCAUGCGGAAUAUCUUGGCUGUUGUUGGAGAGAAGGGGGGAUUUGCCGGGGAGCCGUUGACACCUGUAAACCGCAAAGCAUUUGAAGCCUCACGCUGA